AUGGAUCCAUUUAACGAGGUCCAGAAGGACGGAGAAGAGCAAAUAAAAACUCUCAACAAAUUUCUUUCCACAGUAAAUUUUGCUAAUAUUUCCAACGACCAACAAUUAGAAUUCGAAAACCAAAUCAGUGAGCUCCAUGAAACAAUUGAAGAUUUAAAAGAAUCGAUAGACCAAAUCAAAACUGAACCUGAGCUCUAUGCUGAUCUAUCUACAACAGAGAUUUCUCGUCGUGAGAAAGUAAUUGAAGCAUUACAAUCAAGUUAUCAUCAAAUCAACCAGGAAUGGCAAACUAAGAAAAGUAAAACCUCAACCGGUGACAAUCCGUUCUUGAGUUAUGAGGAUGAAGUGUCAAAGACAGAAAUCCAAAAUAAGGUAGCAGCGAACCGAAAUUUUCAGCUUCAACAAGAGUUGCAAUAUCAGGACCAACAAUUGGACGGAGUUUACGAUUCGGUACUGAGAAUUAAUCAGCAGGCAAGAUUAAUGGGAGAUGAGUUGGAGGAUCAAGCUGGGUUGAUUAGUGAGUUUGAACAAGAUAUGGAUCGGGCCCAGGGAAGAUUGAAUAAGAGUAUGAAACGAUUGAACACAAUAUUAGAGAAAAAUAGGGAGUGGUUCAGUGAUUGUUGUAUUAUGUUGUUGAUUGCAGUUCUAGUCAUCUUGUUGUUAUUGAUUGUUAUUCUUUGA